GCGGCUUCACCGCAGGAAGAUCGACCAUUCUCCUCCUAAAUAUGACUAGAGCUGAGGAGUUGUACUGAAACAAAAAAGAAGAUAGGUUGUUUAAGGGGUUAAAGGAAAAGGGGACAGUGUGUGAGUGAACAGGUGGAUGCUGCUUUUGCAGAUUGAGCCAUGCACUGAUGCCAUGCAGAGGAGACACAGCAGCAACACCGAUGGGAUGCCCACUGAAAGGAGCCGAAGUCAAACUGUGGGGUCUGAGAGCAGCCUGGAUGAGGGUGGUGUGUUAGACUGCCUGAAGCCCGACUCGUCCGCGUCUUCGCAGCAGAUGUUCUCCGGCCUGGUGGGCGUCCCCCCCAGCUCUGUCUCCUCCGCCCAGCUCCAGGCGGCGGGCUUGGUUCUGGGCUCCCCCCCUGAAGUUUUCAUCCAGAUGACUGCUGCUUCCAGAGAGGAGGGGGGUCCCCAUCGCACGGAGGGCGGAGCUUUCCUUCCUCGGCCUCCGCACCACCACCACCACCACUUCCACCACCAGCCCCUGCAGCACAGGACCUCCUCUCUGCUGCAGCAGGCCACCUCUGCGGCCGGGUCAGAGAGGCACGGCUCCAGGGAGGACGCCCAAGACGAGCCGUCCACCCCGGCCCCGGCUUUGUCCGAGCUAAAGGCGGUGGUGACCUGGCUGCAGCGGGGCUUUCCCUUCAUCCUGAUUCUGCUGGCUAAAGUCUGCUUUCAGCACGAACUGGGGAUCGCUGUGUGUUUGGGGAUGGCCAGCACCUUCGCCUACGCCAAUUCCACUUUACGGCACCAAGUAUCUCUGCGGGAGGACCGUUCUGUCCUCGUGUCCUUGUGGCUGGUUGUUUUCCUGGGAGGAAACGUCGUCUACGUCUUCUACACCUUCAGUGAGGAGGAGCUACAGAACAGCCUCAUAUUUGCCAAGCCCAACCUCAGCAGCUUUGACUUCUUCGACCUGAUCUGGGCCGUGGGAAUCACCGACUUCAUCCUCAAAUAUGUCACCAUCGGCCUGAAGUGCUUCGUCCUUUUCCUGCCCAAGAUUGCGCUGCCCUUCAAAUCCAGGGGUAAGUUCUACCUGCUGAUCGAGGAGCUGAGCCAGCUGUUUCGAGCCCUGGUGCCCAUCCAGCUGUGGUACAAGUACAUCAUGGGAGAAGACCCCUCCAACGGCUACUUCCUGGGGGCCUCCCUCAUCAUCAUCUACAGCCUCUGCAAGUCCUUUGACAUCUGCGGACGCAUAUCUGCGAUUCGGAAGGCCGUGGUCAUUCUCUGCAGCUCCCAGAGCUACGGAACGAGAGCCGGCAGCCAGCAGUGCAGCGAGGCGGGUGACGUCUGCGCCAUUUGUCAGGCUGAUUUCAGGGACCCCAUCGCUCUUCACUGUCAGCACGUGUUCUGUGAGGAGUGCCUGGGUUUGUGGUUCGAGCGGGAGAGAACGUGUCCGCUGUGCCGCGCCAACGUCAUCGAGACGCAACGCUGCUGGAAAGACGGAACCACCUCGGCUCACUUCCAGAUCUACUGAGGUGCUCGAAAAAAAAAAGAUUUAAAGUCCCACUCCAAUCAUCUUUUGAUCCAUUUUCAAAGCGGUGGUCUUUUAAUUAUGACUAUACUGUUUUUAGCCCAAAUCAACAAAGACGUUAACGGAUCUAGUCAUCUGCAAGCGGAUGCAUCAGAAUGGAGCAGAGCAGGGAGCUGGUGACACAUUUUCUAUGUCACAAAUAUUAUCUCUUUCAAACUGUAUUUUGUUUGUCUGCUCUUGAUUUUCACCAUUUAGAAAUGCAAAAUUAUACAUGUCCUCCAUCGUAAGACAAAUGCCACAAAAACAUGUUAAAAACACGGAUUUUGAUCAGCAUGAAUCUUUAAGACUCACCCGACUGGUACACAAAUUUAAUUUUUAUUUUAAUUUAGAAAAAGCUGCUCCUUCAUUAUGGUCUGUUCACUUGUUCUAUUGUACUUGUUCUGUUUGUGAUUUUGUUAUAUUUCCAUGGACGAUUUGCAACUUUUUUCAAUCUAAAACUUCCCGGACUAUCAUUUUUGUAAAGGUUUCCCGCUCAGUAAAGCUGUUCAGUGGUGAAAGAAAAGGCGGUGAUUGUUCAAUAAAUAAAGACGCAGCUGAAGUCGG